CCAGAUCACAAUUCACAGGGAUAUACGAGAAACUGUAUAUUGCAGGAGUUUAAAUCAACCGAGCUCUCGUAUAACUGUUAAAGAACAUCAGGUGAAUUAGUGUCUCUGAAUUUUUAUCACAUCAUGGCAUUUCGAAUUGUUCUGGCUUGUUUACUCGUAGCCAUGGCAACGGCGACAGAAUCAGUGGGUAGUUGUGUGGUGAAGGGCAACCCCGAUUUCAGACCAGAUCCCGAUGACUGUUCCGUGUUUUAUGUGUGCGCAAAUGAUAUCCUGUACAAGUUCAACUGUUCGAACAGCGUGUUCGAUCCCGUGACCAGAACUUGUGUAGGCAGGGGAUCUACCUACGACACAUGUACCAAGAAGGACACCCCAGCACAGACGGUCAUCUGUCUCCCCGGGUCUCGUGCCCUGAUUCCCCACCCCGAAAACUGUGCCCAGUACUACAACUGCUCCGACCCCAAGCAGAGGUUCAGGUGGCCUGAGCAUCUGAGGGAGUGUCCCUACCCCCAACUCUACAACGUCAUCACGAAACAGUGCGAACACUAUAGUAUGGUGAAGUGCGGUGACAGAGAACAGCCAAUCAGUCACUGCGACUACCGGGCGAACCAAUGCCAGGCUUGCUCACUGUAUCCCCUGCAUCGUGCGCUACCCAAGUUGCAAGGGUCUUCCCGACGGCUUGAACCAGUGGGUAGGGAGGGAAGACUCCCCAUACUAUGUCGUGUGUAACGGGGGACGGAUGGUAUAUUCGGGUUUGUGCAACCAGGCGUACGGACCACAGACCUUCGACAAGGUCAGGAAGAUGUGCGUUGAAGUCACUCUUUAACGACAUGAA